UGGGUUAGACUCCAGUGAAGAGCUGCUGAGAGAGCUGUGUACUCAGUGUGGUAUACAGGGCUAGUGUAGUGCUGGGUGUGGAGCUGUCAGUGUGCUGUGAACUCAGUGUUGUUUUACUAGUGAGAAUGUUGCUGACUUUCUAUCUUCUCUUCAUUGGGCUUCAUGUCUCUGAAGGCUGCACUCUGGAAAACAUUAGAACAUCAUCAUAUAUUGUAGCACAUACAGGAGGGUCAGUACUGCUGCCCUGCUACUGCACGGACCUACACACCAAACCUGACACAUUCAGCUGGAAGAAAUACAACAAAAAUGCAUUCACAUGGGAAGUGAUAUCCAGUGAGAGUGGUCAGUACAGAAACAGAGUUCAGCUGGUUAAUGGUCACUCUCCAGGAAAUCUCUCUCUACUCAUAUCACACCUGACUGAAGAGGAUGGAGGGGAUUACAGGUGUGAUGAUUCUAUAGCACAAUAUCUAUACAUCAGACUCACCAUUCAAGACUGCACUUUGGUAAAAAAUGAAAACGAAACUUUCAUCAAAGCCCAUACAAGAGGGUCAGCACUGCUGCCCUGCUACUGCACUGACCUACAUAACAAACCUAAGAGAUUCACCUGGAAGAAAUACAACUCAACCAGACACAGAUGGGAAGAGAUAUCCAGUGAGAGUGUCUUUUACGUCACUGUGGAGGAAUUUUGA